AGAAGUCGAGGACAAUGAAACCAAAUGGGUAAUCAGGAACGCGAAGGAUUCAGGGCACCCCACCGAGGAUCUACAGGUGGUCCGAUAGGAGUACACACACCCCCAAACCCGGAGGGGCCGAACGGACCAGGAGCCGAGAUACAGCAUGGGACCAUAAUGCCGGAAUCAGAAGCCCCGAUCAACGCACUCAACGCCUGCAGGAAUUGUGGGGAAAGUGGCCAUUUCCAAAGGGAAUGCCGACAGCCGCAAGUUCUAUUCUGCUGGGACUGUGGCAGACGUGGCCUUCGCACUGUGGAAUGCUGCCGCAGAUCGGGAAACGGCUACGGGCCUCGAGCAGGCGGGGAUCGCCCGAGGAACCCGGGAGUUUCCCCAAGCCAAUAAGCCAAGUACUAAGACUAAAGCAGGGCCGGAUCCAGGCGCAGGUCCGCAUCAAAGGAAACACGUUUAAGGCCACCCUGGAUACGGGAGCCACCCGAAGUUUCAUUAGCGAACAACGGGCGGCGCAGAUCGGAAGAGGAAGAGACUGGCGAGAGAUUCGCACCCGGAUCCGAUUGGCGGAUGGAUCCCACCGAGACCUCACUAGGGGCCUUGUAGUAACCAUUCACCUGGGCCAACAGCAGGUAAAACUGUUCUUGCUAGUGAUGCCCACGGUGCUAGAUGACAUACUAUUGGGAAUCGACUUCCUUUGUGGCAUCAAGGCCAUCAUUAGCUGCGGAGGAGAACACUUACAAUUGGAUUCGAGGGCAGAAUUGACCAGCGAGGAACAAAACAAUCCGGAGAUUUCAGCGAGGGACGACGCACCGAACGAGGAUGCGUGGCUGUUCUUUCUGGAAGCCUGCGAAGCAACGAGGAAAAGCUAG